UGGCUUAGCUUUUGGCUUACAUAGAAAUACUCCAUGUGCAUGGCUCAUGCACGUAUAGGAAUUAGGCUCUCUCUUUAAGCUUAUUUUUUGGUCUUUGUAGUCAAACAAGCAUUUGCUUUUUCUACAAGCGCUACUAUUACCCAUUUGUCAUCUCCCUUAGAGAGAGAGAGAGAGAGAGAGAGAGAAACCUAUUCUCUCUUUUAUCUUUUUUCAUUUUCCUCUUUCUUUUUUUUUUUUUUCCUCAUAUUAAUUCAUUUCAUCAUAAAUACUCCUUACAAACCCUCUAUAUAUCUAACUGUCUCUUUUUCCUUCACAUCAACUCUCUUUUUCCUUCCUCUUGAUUUUCCUUCCCAUUUCUUUUCUCUCUAAAAAUGUCAAGAAAAGGAAGGAGGGUUAGUUUUAGUCCCGAUGUGAACGAGAAGCCGGUGAUCUUUCUCAAACACGGUGGCGGUGGCGGUGGAGGAAAUCGCGGAAACAGGAAGAGGGUGGUGGUGGCCGGAAUAUGGAGUUUUAGGGUUUCAAAAGAUUCAGGAUUUUCUGCCAUGAGAUUUCUACGUAGGCUGAGGACAAAGGUUGUAAGAGCUAUAAGUGUUGUGUCUAUGAGUUCAUCGAGGUCUUCGAGGAAAGUGUCAUCGUCUAAUUUGACAAGGUCACGGUCGGUAUCGGACCCACUUGACUCUCAUCGAGCUGAAGCUUUAGAGGAUUGCAUAGAGUUCUUGAAUUCAUCUUCGUCUUUGCAGAGGUCGAAUUCGGUUUCUUCCAGUUGUUGUUAGGAAUUGUUAUGGAGUUAGUAAAAUGUAAAUGAAUUUUUUUUUUCAAAAAAAAAGGAAAAAAAGAAAAAAGAAAAGAGAGAUUGUAUUUUGUGAUUCAUUGCGGUGAUGAUCAUGGAAAAAUUAAUUCUUUAUUUGCUUGA